CUCAGCCCAGGCUUCUUCGACAAUCGACUGACAGGCUUCUGAGUGCCAGGCAUAGCGUGACAGCGGAGCGAGCACACAUCCAGCUGAGUGCCGCAUGGCAAGUUGGCACUGGGGUCGGCGCCGAAAAAGUCUUUUUUAAACCAGCCGCAGGGGCUGGCCAAUCGAAUCACCUGAAGAAGUGGUGGAAGGAAGCCAAUUUAGCUCAUCGAUUUUGCGUCCAAGCCACCCGUUGGAAAAGCUGCCCUCCAAGGGACCAUCGGUUAGGUUGAUUUAAAAGGGCCUGUUUCCACAUCCUUCCCCAGUUAAUGCCGCUCUCUCGAUCUUCCUGCUUUCUUUCCCCUUCAACCACCGCUAUCCCAGCACCCAUCACACUCCUUUGCUUGUCGCUCCGGCUUCAGCCCCACGCUCCUUCAAAGCACAUCACACUUACCAGCGAGUGAAAAUCCCGAGGAUUUACCCUCUCCACGUCCUUCGACACCUCCAACGCCGGCUUCGUCAAAACAGCUCAGCCCUACAACACGCACAGCGACAGCACCUUCACAAACAAACAUUUUCACAAUGCAGUUCAAGAGCAUCCUCACCGUCUUGGCUACUGGCCUCUCUCUGGUUGCCGCUCAGGCCGACGCCGCCGACAGCACCAUGACCUCCACGGCCACUAUGACUUUGACUGUCACCAUCACCUCCUGCAACCCCACCGUCUCCAACUGCCCCGGCAACGCUCCGGCUACCAGCACUAGCACCAGCACCAGCACCAUGGAGACUUCCAGCGUCGUCCUCACCACCUCAUCGGUGGCUCCGGUCGAGACUACCUCUUCUAGCUCGAUUGUCGUCAUUCCUAGCACCAGCUCUUCGUCUACACUAUCCUGGUCCUUCCCUCAGGUCAACUCGACCACUCUCGCUGGUCCUACCGCCAGCCAGCCUCUCACCUCGGCUUUCAUCACCCAGACCCAGAGCGCCGUUGUCACUGCCAGCCAGCCCGCUGGUCCUUCUUCCCCCGUUACCGCUGGUGCUGCCGGCCUUGCCGCCCAGUCUGUACUUUUGAUGUCCGUCAUCGCCUUGGGCGCCGCUCUCUUGGCUUAAGUGUCGUGAUUUCGCUCUGUGGCUGGGUCAUGUACAUACGAGCCAUCUGUUGCAUACUUGAUCAUCAUCACCACAACCACCAUCAUCUGCGUACCAUUUAUUGGAGCGUAUUAACGACCGCAUCCGAGUUUCUUUCUUUUCUGGUCCUACUUUUGAUUUUCGAUUCUGAAUACUCACGGAUGAUACCCGUAUCUUUCAAUUCUCAAACAAUGGGGGAUGUUAUGUGGCUUGGGGCUCUUUGAUGGGGAAUUAACCUCUUUGUUUGAUACCACGAACCGGGCAAACUGAUACAAGAAAAAGAAAAGAAAUACCUUUCUGUAGUUUCCUUUAUCCUCAGACACGUAUUUGUUCAUUGGGGCUACUGGUUGGCAUAUUCUUAGAAAGGUUUUAGAAAAAGGGAACUCGGCACCAAGGGCUUGUUGGUUUCGAGGAAUCUAUUAAGCCAACGGCAUCGUGGGUGGGCAAAACAUGGUAUCUAUAGAAAAGAGAUUUUAUGUCGCAUACGAUAUGUGCCGCCGAAAAUGGAAUAGGAUAUUCAAGUCACGAACUGAAUGAUUCUUACGUGUGGCCAUGUUCCUCUCAACUGACGUAACUAGUCUCAGCCUCUUGUUUCAUGUUUAGUUCAGCCUUAUUAUCGUGGAGCAAAUACCGAUGGACGAUUGAAUAGGCUUUUGAGACCUUGUCUCAAUACAGUCCGCCUAUGCCAUCAUAAAGUCAGUUCGCUCGGGUACACUACUAGUGAUAAUCUCACUGACGUGGUGUAGAAAGAAGGCUGAUCUCCGCCCACAA